AUGUCGAACUUCGAGCCAAACGCGGUGAUCCGCGGCUUCCAGCUCACAGUGGUAGGCACUGUUCGCGCAUUAGCAAACCCUGAGCUAUUCAAGUACGACCAUUUCCGCCAAGCAGCUCUCGCGAUAGCGAUCGGCACCGUGAUCCAAUUGAUCAUUCAAAUUCCAAUCCUCAGUGUAAAAUUCUCCAUUUACAUCUUAUCAUGGGUCGUCAACCUGGAGCAGGCAGUCUGGGAUGACAAGCUUCUCAAUGGAUUGGAAUUUAUGUCAAAGUCUGUCCUUCAGGUGCCAUUCUUGCUGAUGACCUUGAUGCGAUAUGUGACGCCCACGCUUGAUGAAAUGUACAUUCUAUUGGCAACAUACUCAUUGACAGUGUUCGCUGACCGUCUUCCUAGAUUCAUGCAGUCCAUCCAAUGGGUGGACACCACAUACAUCCAGAAACAUAAAUCCGAAGAUCCUCGUCAGCUACACUCUCUAUACUAUCCCAACCUUGUUCAGUACUCUACCAAAGGUGGCUCCAGCGUUUCUCGGUCAAUUCCCGAAGCAUUGAAGUCAUUCUUCAAUCGCUAUGCAAAGAAGAUCGGUAUGAUGCUUGGUCUGUAUCUUCUCUCGAUGGUUGUAAUCAUCGGUCGGUUCGUUAUGCCUGCGGCAAGUUUCUACACAUUCCGAAGCCAUGUUGGUUCCACCCCUGCGGCUGUCAUUUUUGGCGUAGGGUUGUUUCUGCCGAAGAAGUAUAUUGUCACAUUUCUCCACACCUACUUUGCUUCGCGCAGUCUGAUGCGUGAGCUUCUCGAACCCUACUUUUGGCGCAUUAAGUUCACCCCCGAGCAAAAGCGUCGAUGGUUCCGCGACCGAGAAGGUGUUCUCUUCGGUUUUGCCUUCGCUUUCACGGUUCUUCUGCGCAUUCCAUACAUUGGUGUGCUGAUGUAUGGCGUUGCCGAGGCAUCUACAGCGUACCUCGUUACUAAGAUUACCGACCCGCCUCCACCUCCCGCUGAAAGUACAAACUUCGCGGAAAGCCAGGUGACCUGGAGGAACAAACAUGAUUUCUUGCGUUUGUCUCUCGACAAUCUGGACAAGCUCAAUGUGGACACGGACGAGCAAGAUCACAUGGACUCUGGCUCCCCCGGAAAGAAGUUUUCUUGA